AUGAUAUCGAGGAGAGCGAAAAUACUUUAUGACGAGUCUUUGAAUCCAUUCGCUGAACCGCGCACAUCUGUCGCGUUCUCAGAGCAGCUCAGAGACAAAUUGAAACAAAUGGGAUUCGGUGGCGACACGGAAAAACCAGUUGGAAUUGAGUUUGAUGAUAUCGUCGCUGCCUCAUUUCGAAUCCGAAAAGGGGUCGGAAAGACGCCUUGCGAGAAAUGCAGUAUUCCAGAACUUAGUACCAUGGAAGUGUUUUUUAAAAAGGAAAACCUGCAUCCGUCAGGGAGCUUUAAGGAAAGAGGAGCAAUCAAUUCCUUGUUACUAUUAUCUGAGGAUCAAAAAGACCGAGGAGUCAUAACGGCCACUCCUGGAAAUCACGGAAUAGCACUUGCGUUUCACGGGCAAGCCUUAGGGAUUCCCGUCCACGUGGUUUUACCUGAACAGUCACCUUUGAUCAAACAAACGAUGUGCAAGAAAUUUGGCGCCAGCAUAAUCAUAAAGGGAAGCAACCAAGCGGAAGCAAAAGAGUUUGCUACCAGCAUGGCAACGGAAAAGCGUCUAGCUUAUAUCGAAGGGCACGAUCAUCCUCACGUUAUCAGUGGGCAGGGCACCAUUGGAUUAGAAAUCAUUGAUCAAGUGUGCAAUGUGGAUGCAGUUGUCCUCCCCGUAGGGGGAGGAGGAUUGCUGGCUGGUGUUGCUCUCGCUGUCAAGACAGUGUACCCAGAUGUUCAGAUAAUAGGUGUUGAAUCAAAGAGGUGUCCAAGUUUUCAGACGGCAAUUGAUGCUGGUCAUCCUGUCACGCUAAAUAUCGAUCACCCUUCAGCUUUGACAGACGCGCUGAACCUUCCUAAAGUGGGGAAAAACGCUUUUCAUAUCGCAACAGGACUUGUAGACAAACUUGUAGCUGUCAGUGACGAUCAUAUUAGUUUAGCCGUACUGAAGCUCAUAGAAAAUGAACGUGCCGUCACUGAGGGAUCUGGGGCAGCUGGUGUUGCAGCCUUGCUGGGUGGGUAUCUACCAGAACUUCAUGGCAAACGGUAA